AAACUCAUGGUGGCUUGUUUUACUUGCGUAGAGCGACCCCUAUCAUCUAAACACUUGUUCGUCGUUGUAUUCGGCUAGAACGCAAAGAGAAAGCACUGGUUAUGAAACCAAGGUUGCUGUAUUCAUUAAAUGUUACGAUAAUUUGCAGUGUGGCGAAUGGGUAUUGACAACUUCUGCAGCGUGGACGGUUCCGAUCCAUUUUGGGACUGGAAUCGUACAUGGCAGUCCGACAACCCAGAUCUGACGCCGUGCUUUCAAAACACUCUCCUGGUGUGGGUCCCCUGCCUCUACCUCUGGAUUUCUGCCCCGUUCUACUUCCUAUACCUCAAAUUUAAUGAUCAUGGAUACAUUUGCAUGACCCACCUCAACAAAGCCAAAACUGCAUUCGGUUUUUUACUAUGGAUUAUCUGCUGGGCAGAUGUGUUCUAUUCUUUCUGGGAAAGAGGCCAAGGACAGGCCCUUGCGCCUGUCUAUUUAGUCAGUCCCACGCUACUUGGCAUUACAAUGUUGCUGGCAACAUUCUUUAUCCAGUAUGAGCGGUUUAAGGGGGUCCAAUCAUCUGGCGUGAUGCUGAACUUCUGGUUCAUCGCUGUGGUGUGUGCCACAGUGUCCUUCCGCUCCAAAAUACUGCAGGCUCUCAAUGAGCCCUCCACUGUGGUGGUGUUCAGAUACACCACUUUCUACAUCUACUACACCCUUCUGCUCAUCUCUCUUUUCCUGUCCUGCCUCUCUGACCGGCCCCCUCUCUUCUCACAAGCCGUGAAGGACCCGAAUCCAUGCCCAGAAUUUGGAGCCUCAUUCUUGUCAAAGAUAACAUUUUGGUGGAUAAACAAAUUAAUGGUGCUGGGCUUCAAAAGACCCUUGGAGGAGAAGGAUCUUUGGUCUCUGAACUCAGAGGACCGCUCCCAGAAAGUGGUUCCCCAGCUGGUGCGACGCUGGGACUUUGAGUGCAACAAGGUCAAAAGGCCCUCAGAGAAGACACUGUAUUCCCCCAAGCGGCCGGUGAUGGGCGAGAAAAAGGACGCGCGUCCGCUGGAAGAGUCUGAGAUUCUCCUGGUGAAGACCAUGCAGAAGACAGGCGAGCCCUCGCUCUUUAGGGCCCUCUGCCGCACCUUUGGCCCCUACUUCCUGGUCAGCACUGUCUACAAGAUCGUCCACGACGUCCUCAUGUUUGUAGGGCCCGAGAUCCUAAAGCAGCUGAUUCAGUUUGUGAACGACACCAGCGCCCCUUCCUGGCAAGGCUACUUCUACACGGCACUGCUGUUUGUGUGCUCCUGCGUGCAGACGCUCAUCCUGCAGCGCUACUUCCACGUGUGCUUUGUCACGGGCAUGCGGCUCCGCACCGCCAUCAUCGGCGCCGUCUACAGGAAGGCCCUGGUCAUCACCAACGCGGCACGGCGGACAUCCACAGUGGGGGAGAUCGUGAACCUGAUGUCUGUGGAUGCCCAACGCUUCAUGGAGCUCAUUACUUACAUCAACAUGGUCUGGUCAGCCCCUUUGCAAGUGGUACUUGCCCUCUACUUCCUCUGGCAGAAUCUUGGACCAUCUGUUCUGGCUGGUGUUGCUGUGAUGGUGCUUAUGGUGCCAAUUAAUGCUGUCAUCGCCAUGAAGACCAAAGCCUACCAGGUGGCUCAGAUGAAAAACAAAGACGGGCGCAUCAAGCUGAUGAACGAGGUUCUGAACGGCAUCAAGGUGCUCAAGCUCUAUGCCUGGGAGCUGGCCUUCAGGGACAAGGUGACGGCUAUCAGAGAGAGCGAGCUGCGCGUGCUCAAGAAGAUCGCUUAUCUGGGCGCUGUGUCCACCUUCACCUGGGUCUGCGCUCCCUUCCUGGUGGCCCUGUCCACUUUCGCCGUGUACGUGCUUGUGGACGAUAACAACGUGCUGGAUGCUCAAAAGGCCUUUGUCUCCCUGGCGCUGUUCAACAUCCUGCGUUUCCCUCUCAACAUGCUGCCCAUGGUCAUCAGCAGCAUGGUCCAGGCCAGCGUGUCCAUGAAGCGCCUGCGAGUCUUCCUGUCCCACGAGGAGCUGGACGAGGACAGCGUGGAUCGCAAAGCCAUCACUGGAUCUCCAGACAGCAUCAGUAUUGUGGAUGGUUCUUUCAGCUGGUCCAAAGGGGAUGACCCCGCUUUGAAGAGGAUUAACGUGCAUAUCCCAGAAGGCUCCCUGGUGGCGGUGGUGGGUCAUGUGGGCUGUGGGAAGUCAUCGCUGCUCUCUGCUCUGCUGGGGGAGAUGCACAAACAGGAAGGGUCCGUCAGCAUCAAGGGCUCAGUGGCCUACGUGCCCCAGCAGGCCUGGAUCCAGAAUGCCACCCUGCGAGACAACAUCGUCUUCGGGCAUGAGAAAAAGGACAUGUGGUACCAGCGGGUGGUGGAUUCCUGUGCCCUCCUGCCCGACCUGGAGAUCCUGCCUGGAGGAGAUGCCACUGAGAUCGGAGAGAAGGGUGUUAAUCUGUCAGGUGGUCAGAAGCAGCGGGUGAGCCUGGCUCGGGCAGUGUACUGUGACUGUGCCGUCUACCUGCUGGAUGACCCUCUGUCGGCCGUGGACGCCCACGUGGGAAAGCACAUCUUCGAAAAGGUCAUCGGUCCUCAGGGCCUGCUCCAGGGGAGGACGCGUGUUUUGGUGACCCAUGGGCUGAGCUUCCUGCCCCAGGUCGACCUCAUCCUCGUGAUGGUGGACGGCGAGAUCACGGAGGCUGGCUCCUACACGGAGCUGCUGGGCCGACAGGGGGCCUUCGCCGACUUUGUCCACACCUACGCCAACGCCGAACAGACCGAAGAUGAAACGGACUCUGCCCCUCGGAAAGGCCUGGAAAAUGGAGGUCCUGUGACCUUGUUGGGACAGAGCCAGAGCACGCUGACCGCUGCGGGCUCGGCCAAGUCCCUGCUGAAGGCCGAGAGUGCUGGAGAGGGGGCCAAGAAGAAUUUCAGGUCCCCCGAGGCUGCCAAGCUGACGGAGGCGGACAAAGCCAACACCGGCCGGGUGAAGCUUGCCGUUUUCUGGGAGUACAUGAAGGCCAUCGGAGUGUGCCUAUCGCUGACCAGCGUCUUCCUCUUCUUCGUGCACCACCUGGCCUCUCUGGGCUCCAACUACUGGCUCAGCCUCUGGACGGAUGACCCCGUCAUCAACGGCACGCAGCCCAAUCGCAACAUGCGCCUGGGGGUGUACGGAGCACUGGGCCUCUCCCAGGGUGUGGCAGUGUUCCUCUACUCUGUGUCCGUGUCCAUUGGAGGUGUGCUAGCGUCGCGCUACCUUCACGAGACCAUGCUCUACAACGUGCUGCGCUCCCCCAUGUCCUUCUUCGAGCGCACGCCCAGCGGGAACCUGGUCAACCGCUUUGCCAAGGAGACGGACACCAUCGACUCGGUCAUCCCCAGCAUCAUCAAGAUGUUCCUGGGCUCCAUGUUCAACGUGCUCAGCUCCUGCGCCAUCAUUCUCUUCGCCACGCCGUUCGUGGCCAUCAUCAUCCCACCCCUGGGUCUCCUCUACUUCUUUGUUCAGCGUUUCUAUGUGGCCUCCUCGCGGCAGCUGAAGCGCUUGGAGUCGGUGAGCCGCUCACCCGUCUACACGCACUUUAACGAGACGCUGCUGGGCACCAGCGUCAUCCGGGCCUUCGGCGAACAGCAGCGCUUCAUCCGCGAGAGUGACAGCCGUGUGGACCACAACCAGAAGGCCUACUACCCCGGCAUUGUGGCCAAUCGGUGGCUGGCCGUCAGACUGGAGUUCGUGGGGAACUGCAUUGUGGUGUUCGCCGCACUCUUCGCCGUGAUGGCCAGAAAUAGCCUGAGUCCUGGGCUCAUGGGUCUGGCCAUCUCCUAUGCCCUGCAGGUCACCGCUUCUCUGAACUGGCUGGUGCGGAUGUCCUCGGAGUUGGAGACCAACAUUGUGGCGGUGGAGAAGGUGAAGGAGUAUGGAGACACAGAGAAGGAGGCGUCCUGGAGGCUGGAGAGUUCUAAGCUGCCCUCUGGCUGGCCCACGGUCGGACACAUCGAGAUCUGCGACUUCGGCCUGCGCUACAGAGAGGACCUGGAGCUGGCCAUCCGAAACAUCUCCGUCACCAUCGAGGGCGGAGAGAAGGUGGGCAUAGUUGGGCGCACGGGAGCAGGCAAGUCCUCGCUCACCCUGGGCCUCUUCCGCAUCAUUGAGUCGGCACAGGGGGAGAUCCAGAUCGACGGGGUCAACAUCUCCCAGCUGGGCCUCCACGACCUCCGCUCCCGCAUCACCAUCAUCCCACAGGACCCAGUGCUGUUCUCGGGCACUCUCCGUAUGAACCUGGACCCGUUUGAUGGCUACUCUGAUGAGGAGGUGUGGAGAGCUCUGGAGCUCGCCCACCUGAAGAACUUCGUCUCUGGUCUGCCGGACAAACUCAACCACGAAUGCUCUGAAGGUGGAGAAAACCUCAGUUUGGGCCAGCGACAGCUGGUCUGCCUGGCUCGCGCUCUCCUCCGCAAGACCAAGAUCCUGGUCCUGGACGAGGCCACAGCAGCCGUGGACUUGGAGACGGACAACCUGAUCCAGUCCACCAUCCGCACCCAGUUUGAGGACUGCACUGUCCUGACCAUUGCCCACAGGCUCAACACCAUCAUGGACUACACCAGGGUUCUGGUUCUGGACAAAGGCCAGGUGGCAGAGUUCGGGUCACCAUCCAGUCUCAUCGCCCAGAAAGGGAUCUUUUACAAGAUGGCCAAAGACUCUGGCCUGGUGUGAAAGUGACUUGAGGAGGAGCAGAAGAUGCUGAGCUGGCCAGUUCUCCUUCUCUCCCCUCCCCCUCUCCCUUCCUCCCUUCCCAGACCAAGCCUGUAGGCAGGGUGUGUGGGGACUUGGUGUGCAAUCCCAGUCCCACUUCAUUCCACAAGCUCAUAAAAUAGUGUCUGCUCUCCCUCCCAACUGCACCUCUGCUCAUUGUCUUUGUAUUCUACCCAUCAUUGCUUUCUUUUCCUCCAUUUUUUUUUUUCACCAUCUCUCUUUCCCCUUUCAUUACAUCAUCUCUUUUUUUCUGUCUUCAUGUCCACUCUACAACAGCUGCUUUUUUAGAAACCAGGAGUUUCGCUUUGGAGACGCACCGCUUCGGAGAAUCACCGAAUGUGUGGUUUUCUGCGCAGGCACCUCUGUGUGUGGAGUUGUAGUGCUAUUUCUUAUUCUCUUCUUUUUAACUCCAGAUCAAGAUGCCUGGUCAUACAAGAAUAUGAUUGUGGACCAUGUCUAUCAGCUGCGGCUGCCAUUUGCAAGCUUCCUGUCUUGGGAAUGCCGUCAGUUGAUGACGAGGUGCUUGGACGGCCCUGGGAUUUCUCCCCAGUGCAAUAUUCUGCCUUAAUACUGGCAGACCAAACAGAGACACACACACACACACACACACACACACACACACACAUAUAAACACAUGCACACACAGAUCCAACCAAAACAGGAGUAUGUCAACUCCCUGCCAGGCUGUCUGAUGUAUCCACAGUGCUGGAGGAGUCCCAACCACCAUGAUUGGGUCUUGAGUGGGUCCAGACUACCCAGAGGAGAGGAGAGCAGACUACAGCCACCUGCUUUAAUAAAGUGGUGACUUGUUUCAAGUGAUGAAUGUACACUCCUCAGUUACCAAUUGCAAUCAUUUCUCAGCUUGGCAUACAAAUGUUUUUUUGUUUGUUUGAUUUCUGUGGUAAAUAUUCCAAAUAAUGUCACUGGUGCAAUCUACUGUAGCCCAAACGCCUCUGAAAGCGCAGCACAGAGGUACAAGUUUGUGUGUGUUCUUUUUCAAAAGGUGAAAACGCUUCAAGUCAGAGACUAUUGGUCUGUUUGAUAUUUGCUCGUGAGUUUCGAGGCAUUGGAAACCCACGGAGUGCAUAGUACGCUCUGUUUCCGCACGUCGUUGGUCAGUUGCUCAUUUGUACUGGCGUUCUUCUGCGUCGUUGUUAUACUCAUAUCAGAUGAACGUACUUUUAGGCUCCAGGGUGGUAUCUUAAGCUAACACAAAACACUGGAGCUCAGAAGAGUAUCUUUUUGUUUAUUUGUAGCCUUUUGAUAUGUAUUUUACAAGAUGGAGUCAAGCUGUCAACACUCGGCUUGAGUUACUGUGGCAGAACUUUGGAAAAACACAUACAAACAUGCUGUUACAUAUUUAUAUUAUUUGUAUUUGUGCUUAUUAUGAUUAAUAUUAUUUCAUAUUGUAUACAUGCACUAGUUUUAAGUGUGCUUAAUUUCAUAACAGGAAUCAAAUGUAUAAAGAAGAAAAAAAUAAACUGUUUUUCUUAAUA